CCUUUUAGCACUCGAUGGGUAAUGAUUCUUGGAUCAUCCGUGACCCGAUAGGUCAAGUGUCACGAGCCGCCAAAUUCUCCGUAAUGGGUAACUCAUUUUUUUGUAACCGAUGUGAUACUGAUAAAUUUAACUUGUCCCGGGCUUGUGUCGACCAAUUCCUUAAUGACGACCCCGACAAUAAAUUAUCGUUUGAAGAGCGUUGGAUGGCGAAAUUAAAGUGUCUGGACGAUGUCCACAGCAAGCAGAAUGGCUUAACUGAAGAGGCUUUCAAUGAAAUGGUGGACAAAUUGGAAAAGAAACUCCAGUCGAAAAAUUUACCCGUUUAUUGCAGGAAUCGGGAAUUAUGGCGAAAUGUUAGCCCCUGAGGCAGGCUCAACGAACAACCCCGAUGUGGCCGAUAAGACCCCUUUAGUGGGCCACAGUCGCGGCUUUAUGAAAAAAAUCGCUGGUCUUUUGGGCCAAAAUGAGGGGCCGUCGAGUGACUCAGGCCCUAGUUAUGUCGAGUUUGGGUCUUUCACUGAACAAUCAGAGACCAGGACUUUGGGAACGUUUGCGGGAGUUUUCAGUCCCGUGACCUUAUCUAUGUUUUCAGCACUGAUUUUUCUGCGAAUGGGGUAUAUCGUCGGAAAUGCGGGAUUAUUGGUCACUCUAGCACAGUUUAUGAUAGCUUAUCUCAUUCUGGUGUUUACGGUCUCGUCGAUUUGUGCGAUUUCGACGAACGGGGCUGUGGAAGGGGGCGGUGCCUAUUUUAUGAUAAGCCGGACCCUAGGGCCCGAAUUCGGGGGCUCAAUCGGCACGUUAUUUUUUAUGGCAAAUAUCGUCAGCAGUGCCCUAUGUAUCGCAGGGUGCGUGGAAGGCCUAGUCGAAAAUUUUGGCCCUUCCGGUUAUUUAGUCAAGGGAUUAAUCCCGGACGGCCACUGGUGGCAGUUCCUCUACUGCGUCAGUCUCAAUACUUUAAACCUUCUAAUUUGCUUAAUAGGGGCUGCCAUGUUUGCCAAAACCACAGUUAUAAUUCUCACAAUCGUGUCAAUAUGUCUAGGAAUCACAAUUUUCAGUUUCUUGUACCAAGGCCCCAAACAAGUGGCCGUGCCUGACUCAAACAGUCUCAUUUUUCAAAAUGAGACAAUCCGUGUUUUUGAAAAUUACACAGGGUUGUAUACGGAAACGUUGCGGUCGAAUUUGUGGCAACAGUACGGCAAGGAUUACACAGCUAAUGGUGAAUUGGUGAAUUUUGCCUCAGUUUUUGGGGUGCUUUUUUCGGGGGUUACUGGAAUCAUGGCAGGGGCCAACAUGAGCGGUGAAUUAAAAAAUCCGGGAAAGUCGAUCCCGAGUGGCACUUUAUCGGCCGUAGGCUUCACUUUAAUAGUGUACAUAAUGGUUUCAUUUUUUACCGCUUUUACUUGUACGGCCGAUUUGAUGCAAAACAACUACUUAUUUAUGGCGGGGGUUAGUGUUUUUCCCCCUAGUGUGGCAAUAGGGCUGUUAACAGCCACGUGGUCGGCGGCUUUAAGCAACGUAAUUGGGGGCUCCCGUGUCUUGGAGGCUUUAGCAAAAGAUAAUGUUUUUGGUCCGCUAUUAUCCUUCAUCCCGAAAGGGACAUGGAAGGGCAACCCCGUGGCCGCCGUUCUAGUCUCCUGGCUCCUUGUCCAACUUGUCCUUUUUAUCGGAUCCCUCAAUAUCAUCGCCCAGUUAAAUUCAGUCCUCUUUCUUUUAAGCUACUUAGCCACGAAUUUAGCUUGUUUGGGCCUUGAACUCGCAAGCGCCCCUAAUUUCCGUCCCUCUUUCAAAUAUUUCACCUGGCAUACUGCCUUCAUCGGGCUUUUGGGGACUAUAAUCAUGAUGUUUGUGAUUAGUCCAAUUUACGCCGCCUGUAGCAUUCUCUUGUGUCUCUGUUUGGUUGUAUUUCUGCACCUGUUUUCGCCCUCGAAAGAGGCGCAUUGGGGAAGUAUCUCCCAAGCCUUGAUCUUCCACCAAGUCCGCAAAUACCUCCUCCUGCUUGACUCCCGCAAAGACCAUGUGAAAUUCUGGCGGCCCCAAAUGCUCCUACUUGUGAAUAGCCCUCGUUCGGCGUGUCCCCUAAUCGAUUUUAUCAACGAUUUGAAAAAAGGAGGGUUGUACGUCCUGGGGCAUGUCGUAAAAGGCGACCCUGAUUUGCCAGGGCCGGACCCAACUCUCGACAUGCAGUUGCAUUGGUUAAAUUUGGUCGAUCAUUUGAAAGUCAAGGCUUUUGUCGAGUUGACUGUGGCCCCCUCUGUGAGGGACGGCUUGAGACAUUUGGCAAGACUGUCAGGAAUGGGGGCCAUGAAGCCUAAUACUGUGGUUUUGGGUUUUUUGGAUGAGGAACACCAACAAGAUUUUCUGCAAAGUAGCGACUCCUCGUACCAAAAUAACGAUUUUGGUAAUGAUGUGUUUCCUCUGAAUUCGCAAGAAAAGCUGGAGGCUUUGGAGUACGUCCAAAUGAUGGGGGACGUACUCAAGAUGAACAAAAACCUAUGUUUGUGUCGGAAUUUUUCGCGGUUGAAGAAAGACACGAAGAAAAAUUGGUCAAAGAAAUAUAUAGAUGUGUGGCCUGUUAAUUUCUUAAAUCCGGGCGAGAUGGAUGCGUUUGAUACGACUUCGUUGUUUAUGAUGCAGUUGGCGUGUAUUGUUAACAUGGUGCCCCUUUGGAGUCGCCUUAAACUGCGUCUGUGUAUUUGUGACGAGGCGAGACAGACUCGCUUUACAUUAAGUCCGAACGGGCAAAGUCACAUGGAGAAGUUAAAUUUGUUGUUGAAGAGAUUGAGGAUUGCGGCGGUGCCGUUUCCAGUUCCCGGGUGGAGUAAUGUGAUUGAAUCGCACGGAAAUCACAUGGAAACAUACUUAAAAAGCGUUAAUAAUUUGAUAUUGCAACAAACUUCAGACACGGUAGUGACCUUUAUAUACCUUCCACCGCCCCCAAAUGACGAUUCUGAGGCAGAGGCCUAUUACCAAAAAUUGGACAUUAUCUCACGGGACCUUCCCCCGACGAUGUUUGUUCACGGCGUCAGCACAGUUACGUCCACAACUUUAUAAUACUAGUUGAAAUGCAAGUAUUUCGAGAACAAAAAUAUUUGUACAAUCUUAAUAUUUUUAUACGCCUAUACAAAUUUUUAAGACAUAUCUUUACUGCCUUAUGUAUUAUAAUAAGAUACUGUGAUGUUUAUGUAAGGAUAAUAAAAAAAUAAUAGGUCA